AGGGAGCUGGCCUACCAGAUCGCCGAGCAGUUCCGUGUCCUGGGGAAGCCCCUCGGCCUGAAGGACUGCGUGGUGGUGGGCGGCCUGGACAUGGUGGCGCAGGCCCUGGAGCUCUCCCGUAAACCCCACGUCGUCAUCGCUACGCGUCUGGCGGAUCACCUCCGCAGCUCCAACACGUUCAGCCUUAAAAAGAUAAAGUUCUUGGUUUUGGAUGAAGCUGACCGGUUGUUGGAGCAGGGCUCCGCCGACUUCACCGCGGACCUGGAGGUGAUUCUGGAGGCUGUUCCGGCGCGCAGACAGACGCUGCUGUUCAGUGCCACGCUGACCGAUACGCUGAACGAGCUGAAGAGCCUGGCUACGAACAAACCCUUCUUCUGGGAGGCUGUGUCCGAGGUGCGGACAGUGGAUGAGUUGGACCAGCGCUAUUUGCUCGUACCCGAAGCUCUCAAGGACGCGUACCUCGUCCAUCUUGUCCAGACCUUCCAGGAUGAGCAUGAAGACUGGUCCGUUAUUAUCUUUACCAAAACCUGCAAGGACUGCCAGGUCUUGAACAUGAUGCUUAGGAAAUACAACUUCCCUUCUGUUGCGCUGCAUUCCAUGAUGAAACAGCGGCAACGAUUCGCAGCUUUAGCAAAGUUCAAGUCUAGCAUCUUUAAGAUUCUCAUUGCCACCGAUGUCGCUGCCAGAGGUUUGGACAUUCCCGCAGUGCAAGUUGUCAUCAAUUACAACACUCCCGGCCUGCCAAAAAUCUACAUUCACCGGGUUGGCCGGACGGCCCGUGCGGGUCGGAAUGGGAUAGCGAUUACGCUGGUGACACAGUAUGACAUCCACCUCGUACACGCUAUCGAGGAGGAAAUCAAACUGAAGCUACAGGAGUUCUCUGUGAAAGAGCAGUCAGUGCUUGACAUCUUCACCCAAGUGAACGUCACCAGGAGGGAAUGUGAAAUAAAACUCGAAGGAAUGGAUUUUGAUGAGAAGAAAGAAAUAAAUAAGCGGAAACAAUUGAUCCUUGAAGGGAAGGAUCCGGAUCUGGAGGCAAAAAGGAAAGCAGAGCUGGCCAAGAUCAGGAAGAAAAACAAGCAGUGCCGUGAGAAGAUCCAGCAGGCAUUUCAGAAGAGAAAGGAGCUGCAGCUGAAGAGGAAACUGCAGAAAAAGAUGGAGCGGCGGAAAAAACUGCAAGCUAAGGAAGAGAAACAACAUCCUUCGGCCUGA